AUGGCAAAUUUCUUAUCGAAUUUAGAAUUUGCACAAGAGGAAAUAGAUCCGACAUUCGAUGUCAACAUUGUUUUAACUGAAAAUGAUAUACAAAUGAUAAAAAAACAUACUGGCCUCGGUCGUGAACAUAUUGAAAAUUGGUAUGCAGCAUUCAUACAAGAUUGUCCCAGUGGAAAAUUGAACAAAGAACAGUUUAUUCGAUUCUAUUCUGAUUUAUAUCCUGAUGCUGGAGGAGCAAGAACCUAUAGCCAAUAUGUUUUUCGAGCGUUUGAUAAAGAUAGAAGUGGCUAUAUUGAUGACACUGAUCGCAACGGAUACAUAGAUAGAAAUGAGAUGAUAAAAAUGCUAGAUGCAAUAUUUGAUAUGUUAAAUGUCGAUAGACGAGCAUUAGAAAAUACUCCAGAGUAUCGCGUUCAAAUGAUUAUGGAGGCAUUAGAUCGUGAUAUGGAUGAUAGAUUAUCAAGUGAAGAGUUUAUUGAUGGUGUUUGUAAAGAUAAUGUUAUUAGAAAGCUUUUAUUACCAGAUUAA